AUGUCCGCAUACGACAUUCUCGUUAUCAGGACCCGCACUUUCCGGCAUAAGACCAUCAUCAAGAAUGUUACCGUUGAGAGUAGUGGUGUUAGUCAUCUGUAUUUUGGUCAUAGGGACCACCGGGCAAAAUCGGCGGUCAGAGAGCUUCAAUCCAUCCAGCCGCUACGAGCCAUCCAGUGGUUAUCGGUCACCCAGCAGAUACUAUUCAUCCAGCCGCUACGAGCCAUCCAGUGGUUAUCGGUCACACAGCAGAUACUAUUCAUCCAGCCGCUACGAGCCAUCCAAUGGUUAUCGGUCACACAGCAGAUACUAUUCAUUCAGCCGCUACGAGCCAUCCAGUGGUUAUCGGUCACACAGCAGAUACUAUUCAUUCAGCCGCUACGAGCCAUCCAGUGGCUAUCGGUCACCCAGCAGAUACUAUUCAUCCAGCCGCUACGAGCCAUCCAGUGGCUAUCGGUCACACAGCAGAUACUAUUCAUUCAGCCGCUACGAGCCAUCCAGUGGCUAUCGGUCACCCAGCAGAUACUAUUCAUCCAGCCGCUACGAGCCAUCCAGUGGCUAUCGGUCACACAGCAGAUACUAUUCAUUCAGCCGCUACGAGCCAUCCAGUGGCUAUCGGUCACCCAGCAGAUACUAUUCAUCCAGCCGCUACGAGCCAUCCAGUGGCUAUCGGUCACACAGCAGAUACUAUUCAUUCAGCCGCUACGAGCCAUCCAGUGGCUAUCGGUCACCCAGCAGAUACUAUUCAUCCAGCCGCUACGAGCCAUCCAGUGGCUAUCGGUCACACAGCAGAUACUAUUCAUCCAGCCGCUACGAGCCAUCCAGUGUUUAUCGGUCACCCAGCAGAUACUAUUCAUUCAGCCGCUACGAGCCAUCAAGUGGUUAUCGGUCACCCAGCAGAUACUAUUCAUCCAGCCGCUACGAGCCAUCCAGUGGUUAUCGGUCACACAGCAGAUACUAUUCAUCCAGCCGCUACGAGCCAUCUAGUGGUUAUCGGUCAUCCAGCAGAUAUCAGUCAAGCAAGCCGUGGGGGAGGCCUUCGUCAGGGAACUACAAGCCCAGCAGAUACUAUUCAUCCAGCCGCUACGAGCCAUCAAGUGGUUAUCGGUCACCCAGCAGAUACUAUUCAUCCAGCCGCUACGAGCCAUCCAGUGGUUAUCGGUCACACAGCAGAUAUCAGUCAAGCAAGCCGUGGGGGAGGCCUUCGUCAGGGAACUACAAGCCCAGCAGAUACUAUUCAUCCAGCCGCUACGAGCCAUCCAGUCGCUAUCGGUCAUCCAGCAGAUAUUAGUCAAGCAAUCCGUGAUGGAGGCCAUCGUCAGGGAAAUACAAGCCGGUUUGGUGGAGGCCUUCAUCAAGGAGUUUCUAUUCGAGUUACUACCCCUCAAAAAGCUACGUUCAGUCGGGAUGGGCGAUUCACGCUACAAGUUUAUCUUGAGAAAUAAUGCAACAAUCGCUCAUGAAGCAUUGUUAGUAGAAAUCUUGCUUUUAACUUACAAUGUAGUAUCAGUCUGCAGCAAAUAAGCUUGAA